UUUAUUAAGCUUCCAUUAAGAAGAUCUGUGUGUGAAUUUUUUGUCGUUAUUCAUUCGUUUUCUUUUGUUGUAAUGUCGAUGGAUACUUUCUCGCUUGGCGUGAUACGACCGCCCCCUGGAAGCUGCGACGAAAGAGGGAAGCGGCCGAAAUCAGAUCAAGAUCCGAAAACAGAACCGGAAUCAGGAUCAAGCUCGGAACCGGAACCGGAAUCGGAAACAGAUUCAGAAACGGAACGUGAAUUAGAAAAAGAACGGGACAGGGCGUUUGGUUGGCAAUCGAUUCCAUUAGAAGAUCUGGAGGUUAGUGAUCUGUCUAGUCGUUAUGAAGAUCACCCUUACCCUUUCGCUUAUAGCUGUCCCAAAUUUACGUACGUGAAUAAAGCCAUGAGAAAACAAGAAGAGGAUGGUAAAAAGGCCCUUGCUGAUUAUCGGGAGAGUUCUCGUAACAUAAGUCCCUAUGAUGUUACCGAUGUUCCAUCCUUUGGAAAUAUAUGCGGCAAUAACUUUCCCAGACCUGUUACCAUUACCGUUGAUCGGCGCCAGCAUUUCGUUCAUCUCUCCAAACUUGCAUUGGACAAAUACAACCAUGACAAUGAGGGUAUCAAAUAUGAGUUUGAAGAUGUUAUCAAGGCAACCAGGCAAUUUGUUCCUCUUAUUACUUAUUAUAUUACCUUUCAAGCAAAAACUAUACAUGAUGGAGUUGAAAACUGUCCUGCUGCUACAACUUUUCAAGCCCGGGUGUGGGACAGGACGCCUUCAUCGGAAUUGCCUGUGGUUGAGUCUUGUUCCAUUAAAACCUAACACACACCACGACUUCUAUCAAAAUCGAGAUGAAGACAUCCUCGAAUAUCAAGAGAUUCAAGAAGAGGGCAUCCAUCUAGAACAGCUAGUAAUCCAUUAUUGGUGAGUUGGUUAUUCAAAAUUGUAAGGUGGCGCAGCUUAUACAUUGAUUUUGCAAUAACAAAUGCCACAUCAUUGCACUUAUUGUCGCCUGCUGCCUCAAUACAAGGGCUAAAUUGCAUUGAUUUCAAAAGUGGACAACAUUUGCCAAUAUAUUGAAAAAAAUCAGUUCUUAGGUCCGAACAAUGACAAAUGUCAAGC